CAUAAUGCUGUUGUUAUGAUGGAGAUGCAGGACAUGAUAACUGAACUACAACGUGAAUUGAAUGCAGCUGCCGCAACCUCCGGACGUUAUGGUUCAAACUUACCAAGUCGUGAGCAGGAUUCGGCCAUUAUGUUCACACGGUUGGACUGGGAACGUAACCAGCGUGCUCUUAAGAAAGGCGUGGCAUCUGAGAAGGUACAGAGUGAGGUUUACAACAAUGCAGUGGAUGCGAUGGAGCAGUACGUUGAUUUGCCGUCACAACGAUUAGUUCAUCUCGUUAAAAAAUAUACGCACCAUGUACAGAUGAAACAAAUAGAAGAGGGCGUACGUCAGAGUCAGAACUUAGAUGACGAUGUGUUUAAUUUAUUGGACAAAAUGGAGGCAUUACAAAACACAAGAGCACAGUGAUGGAAUGACAGAAUGGAUGAAAUGGGAGAAGAAAGAUUACGACUAGCGCACAUACUUAUGGAUAUAACGCUCUCAAUGAUAGAGGAAGAAUCCGGAAUAUUUCUAAUCAAACCUAUUUAUUCAUGGAAAGGAAAGGGUUAUCUUUCCAAGUAUACUGGUAAAAUAAGUAACAAUUACAGACCCCCUAAAAUGAUUAGUAGGACAAUGACCCCACUACGUGAGGGCACACCUAUGAAUACGGUACCAGCACCAACGCCAGCGUCUAUCCAUGCUAGCAAGUCUACUCAGAGACCAUCCACUCGGGUAUGAAGAUGUUUUUCUUUAAUUUUU